AUGGCGGCCAUGACGAGCACAUCCACACUAUAUUUUGACCCUGGUCUCUAUGACCCUGAUCUUCAUCCAGACGACACUUUACGUGCUUUUGACGAAUUUAUCCAGAGCUUCGAGCUCCGAUAUGAUGCACAAUAUCCUGAUCCUCCUAAAACAUCUUUAGAUGCGGCUAUUGAACGAUGGAAACUCGCAAACGACGAUAAAAAGCCGACGCUUGAUGACUAUGGCAACAUUCGCGACGAAUGGCGAUCAAAAGAUCGCGUGACAAAACUCCUCGGUAUAUUCUCAUCGAAACGAUUGUUUGCUGAAUGGAAAGUCGCAGAACCGGAUGAUUCCAAAAGAGCUGCACUAAGGUGA